CCUGCCUCCCACCUCUCACCCCUGUAUUUUCCCACCCCAUCUGUACCUGCCAUGAGAGGCUUUGAGGACAGUCCCCUCCCCCUGGCUCUCCAGGGGACAGGCCAGGAUGUGGCAGCUGCAGUGUUCCACAGGAAUCCCUUGAGCCAGAGAGUCAAGGGAGGGAGGGUGCUGCCCAGCUUCCAUCCGCCUACAGUAGAGGUUCUUGAGCAGGCAGGAGGCUUGUGUAGGCCUGCUGGGUCCCAGUCAGGCCUGUGGCCGGCUUUAACCUGUUUGGUUCCAAGCCUUAGAUCUGAAGCCUGAGGGCCAAAGACCCUCCAGAGCAUGCUCUGUCUGUCCUGCUACAGGGCCAGCCUAGGUGUGCUGAUACCUGCUUAGCCUUGGAGUCUUCUUAAACCUGAGGCGGCCUGAGCAGAACCCAGUUCUAAUGUUGAAAUGAGCCCAAGUUGGUCUAACAAGCCUCAGAUCUGGGGCAUCUGCCAGUGCUGGGGGCCUCCGUGGGCAUGAAGCAAGUUUACAUGUGCUCAGGCCAGCUGGGUUCUGCUAAUGGCUGCAGGCUUUGGGAGGCCUCAACAGGGUUCAAAUCUCAGGUCUGAGAUCUGACUACCCAGUGAGCCCCAGACACAUGGGCCUGUCCUCUGAAGUCUGGGCCUUGAGCAUCCCUGGCCCAAGCACUUAGUCUUGAAGGAUCUCAAGCCAUAAGCCUGGCCACCUCCAUCCCCUACCCCACAGUAUGUUAUUCAGAUGUAAGUGUCUGGGGCCCUCCCUAUCUCUGUGAUCCUCGUGGGUAGGCGCCUUCUUCCUCCAUAAGGGGAAGGAGGGAGAAAGGUAAGAUACUGUUGGGAGAGAAUCAGAGUCACCGGGGCUGCACAGCCUACUCCUACCCCUCCAUACUCCAGAGUUUUCUGGUCAGCACUCUGGUCCCAGCUGAGCCCCGGUUCGUCUCGCGGCCCUUCGGAGCUUCAAGGAUAUCAAUCACAAGACUGAAGGACAGAAGCCAUUCCACACUUCCCUCCUCCACAUCGGCUUCCGAUCCCAGCGAGAGAGGAGACCUGCGGAAAAGGCGGAGCCCCAGAGAGGGGGCGCGGCAUGGGCGGGGCCAGGAGGACUCCAGCGGGUUGGGAUCAGCCUGUGACCCCCGAGCCAAUGCUAAAGGGGCGGAGUCAUUAGAGGCGGGGCUCGGCGGGCUGGAACGGGAGGGAUGAGGCGCUGACCUUAAGAAGGAGGCGUGGCCACUUUGGAUAGGCCGCCCGCCCCUCAGGGCGUGGCUGUCAGGGAAGUGGACGCGGCGUGGGGCUGGGAGGGUCCGCAGCGUAGCUGGCGGCAUGGACGCGGCCGCGCAGCGGCUCCUUUAAGCUCCCGGCACCGCCCCCACUGCCCCGCCCCCGGCGGCGGCCUGGGUCUAGUAGGCGGCGGGGUCGGGUCCGCGCGGACUGUGAUGGAGCUGCACAUCCUAGAGCACCGGGUGCGGGUGCUGAGCCUCGCCCGCCCAGGUCUCUGGCUCUACACCCACCCGCUCAUCAAGCUACUCUUCCUGCCCCGCCGCAGCCGGUGCAAGUUCUUCAGCCUGACGGAGACCCCAGAGGAUUACACGCUCAUGGUGGACGAGGAGGGCUUCAAAGAGCUACCCCCAUCUGAGUUCCUUCAAGUGGCUGAGGCCACAUGGCUGGUGCUGAACGUGUCAUCCCACAGCGGUGCAGCUGUGCAGGCUGCUGGGGUCACCAAAAUUGCCCGUUCAGUCAUUGCGCCAUUGGCGGAGCACCAUGUGUCUGUGCUGAUGCUGUCCACUUACCAGACGGACUUCAUCCUGGUGCGGGAACAGGACCUGUCCGUGGUGAUCCACACGCUCUCCCAGGAGUUCGACAUUUACCGAGAAGUGGGCGGGGAGCCUGUGCCUGUUGCCAGGGAUGAUUCCAGCAAUGGUUUUCCCCGUUCUCAGCAUGGGCCUAGCCCCACCGUGCAUCCCAUCCAGAGCCCACAGAACCGCUUCUGUGUCCUCACACUGGACCCUGAGACGUUGCCAGCCAUCGCUACCACGCUCAUCGAUGUCCUCUUCUACUCAUACAGCGCCCCCAAGGAAGCAGCCUCUGGUGGUACUGGACCCAGCUCCAUUACAUUCUUUGCCUUCUCCCUCAUCGAGGGCUACAUCUCCAUCGUCAUGGACGCUGAGACGCAGAAAAAGUUCCCCAGUGACCUCCUGCUGACCAGCUCCUCAGGAGAGCUGUGGAGAAUGGUGCGCAUCGGUGGACAGCCCCUGGGCUUUGAUGAGUGUGGGAUCGUGGCCCAGAUCGCAGGCCCCCUGGCUGCGGCCGACAUCUCUGCCUACUACAUCAGCACCUUCAACUUUGACCAUGCCCUGGUGCCUGAGGAUGGCAUCGGGAGUGUCAUUGAGGUCCUCCAGCGACGGCAGGAUGGCCAGGGCUCCUGAGGCCUCCACGCUCUCCCUUCACCCCAGGCUUCCAGAGACUUCUCUAAGCUAUUUCCUCAAGCUCUGGGAUGAGCCCUCCCCACCCCCAUUCCUGCCGGGGGACCCCCUUCUUCUGCUCUCUGUACGUAAACUGCGUGCAGGCACCGGCUCUCACGUGGACACGCGUGUCUGCCCACACAGGGGAACACGGUGCUCUGGGCUUCCUCCGGGAACCCCUCACCCCAUCACUCCCUGCGCGGCCUCAGCGUUUGCACAUUCCCUGCCUGAGGUCCGAGCCAUCCCCCCUCUCAGCGCCCCGGGCCAGCUGCUCCCCGGACAGGGCCCUGAUUUCCGUUCUGCCUCUGGCUGGGUUGCCUUCCCUGGCCAGCUGAUUCUGACAGUGCCUGCCCCUCUGGGGGGCCUCUGAGAAAAGUAUUUUUACAUCUUUCUCCCUUUUUUAUUGACUUGUUAAUAAAGGGCUUGUAGUUAUGAA